CCUGUCCACUCGCCAACGGACUCUCAUCGACAACGCGCUAUUAAAUUCCAUUUUAAAUUCAAUUAGACAUGUGUGUCACUCUAUUGUCCCACUGAUGACUUUACUCUGACAAAAAUUUAACAAUUCCAUUUAAUUUGCUCUGUGAUUUAAUUUUAUAUGUUUACCUUUAUUUAUUGACAAAUCAUAAUUAUUAACAAAUAUGUCGUGGAUUCGCUCAACCAGUGAUGUGAUCGGGUUUCUUCUGCUGUCCGUUGUAACAAUAAUUAAAGCUAUUGUUAAGUCAUUCAUUCCGAUGAAGUAUAAGAUGAAAAGUGUCGCGGGUGAAAUAGCUCUUGUUACUGGUGGUGGUGGAGGACUUGGAAGGCUUCUUUCUCUCAGACUUGCCAAUUUGGGGGCAAUUAUCGUUGUUUGGGACAUCAAUGAAGCCGGCAUUCAAGAGACGGUGAAUUUAGUGCAGUCAGCUGGAGGCACGUGUUACGGUUACAUAUGCAAUCUUCGGAAUAAGGAGGAUGUAUAUAAGAAAGCUGCAUUGCUCAAAGAGGAGGUUGGAAAGGUAUCAAUACUCAUCAACAACGCUGGAGUGGCUAUCGGCAGGAAAUUUCUUGAUACUCCUGAUGAGCUCAUCGCAAUGACAAUGGAAGUCAAUGUUAUGAGCCACUUUUGGACUGUUAAGGCUUUUCUGCCGGAUAUGAUGAGAGACAAUAAAGGGCAUAUUGUUAGCAUAGCCAGUUUGGCGGGUCAUGUUGGCAUCCCGAAACUCGUUGAUUAUUGCGCCUCAAAAUUUGCUGCUGUCGGAUUUGACGAGGCGCUCCGUAUGGAGUUGGAGUCUGAUGGAUACGACAAUAUUCAAACCACAGUGAUUUGCCCGUACUUCAUACGCAGCACUGGAAUGUUCGAAGACGUGCAAUCAAGAUUCCUGUCCACCUUGAGCUCAAACGAAGUCGCCGAUCGGAUCAUAUCAGCAAUGAGAUGCAACGAGAAAUUCGCGAUUCUGCCGGGUUAUCUUCAAGGCAUGUUGGCAGCUAAAUGGAUCUUCCCCUGGAAUUGUGCAGCCAUGUUCCUCCGGGGUUUAGUCCGGGACGCAUCUCCAGAGCCCCAGAAGAAUCCAGUAUCUAAUAAUCAGGAGAAUUUCGAACCAUUGAAGGAGCAAAAUGCCCUCCACCAGCAGCUUACAAGACGCAUCUCAAGUUCUGAAAGAAAGCCUUAACUCGUUUCAACGAUUUUGACUAGAAAUGUCCGUUAAUGCUAGUACCUCAGGUUAAUAAUUCAGCGGCGAUGCGAAGUAAAUCAAUUAUGGUUGUGAUGUGGAUGAUUACGACAUGGAAAAUGUCCCAACUUGUCGGUUAAAAAAAAUAUAAAACAGCUCAAGUGACACCCGAGAUAACGUAAUAACUCUUUUUAAUACCAUGUGCAGAAAAAUGAAGAUUAUCAAUUCCUACGACUCAGUCAGAAUAUCUGGAAACUACCUGAAUAUAUAAUACUCUCGGAUAUAAUGUAUAUACUAUUUUGACGAAUGAAAUAUAUCGCUUCAGUGAUGAGGAUGUAAUGAGAACCUCAUAUUUGUUGUAAUUUAGACUAGGCUUAGUGCCAUGACUUGCCGUCAAGGCCGUCGCUGUGCGACGCCCUAUCAUUGGGUGAAUUCAUAGACAUGUUUUUUUUAUAAUAAUAAUUGAAGUGGGAUCAGUGUGAAAAUAUUUUUAAUGACAAAUAUACAGAUAUCAGUAAAUGAA